AGGAGAAGUAGCCCAUAAAUCUUUUAAUUUGCAGAAAAAUGAUGGUGAUGAUGAUGACGAGUCGUUUUAGGCCGUUAUUGCUUGGAUUUGUUGUCGUUUUGGUUGUGGCAAAUAGAGCCUAUGGAGAAGUAUCUCAAUACAGCAUAAGAGAGAUUGAUAGAGUAAAUAAGGAGGGUCCAUAUUUAGGUAUUGUAGUGCCAAAUGCAUUUGAGAUGAACCCUCUUCUUCAAUCUCCAAGCUUUGAGCCUAAUCUUCAGCUUCCCUAUUUGGACUUCUCAGGGAGAAGAUUUAGGAUAGGGAAAGUGGAAAAUGUGAAGGUUAUAAUUGUCAUGACUGGAUUAAGUAUGAUAAAUGCAGGUGUAACCACACAAUUACUGCUAAGUCUAUUUAAGGUGAAUGGCGUUCUGCACUAUGGAAUUGCAGGAAAUGCAAAUCCUUCACUUCAAAUUGGAGAUGUGACUAUCCCUCAAUACUGGGCUCAUACUGGCCUUUGGAGUUGGCAGAGAUUCGGAGAGGAGCCUAAUGAUCAACUCCCUCUGGAAUCAAAUGGAGAUUACACUCGGGAAAUCGGUUUUCUUGAAUUUUCCCAUUUUAACAACAGAAGCAAAUCAGUAGAAAACCUUUUGAACAGAGUUUGGUACCAACCUGAAGAGAUCUUUCCUGUAAAUGGAAUUCCUGAAGCUAGAGAGCAUGCCUUCUGGGUUCCUGUUGACAACCAUUACUUUGAAGUCGCCAAGAAACUUCAGGGUUUGAAGUUAGGAGGAUGCGUGAAUUCAACUUGCUUGCCAAGAACACCUAUGGUGGUGAGAGUGGAAAGGGGGAUUAGUGCCAGUGUUUUUGUAGACAAUAGUGCUUACAGAGAGUUCCUUAACUCUAAAUUCAAUGCAACCCCAAUUGACAUGGAGAGUGCAGCAAUUGCCUUGAUCUGUCACCAGCAGGAAAUUCCUUUCAUUACUAUAAGGGCUCUCUCUGAUUUAGCAGGCGGUGGUUCUGCUGUUUCUAAUGAAGCUGACAUCUUUUCCUCCUUGGCCGCUCAAAAUGCUGUUGAUGCUUUGCUUAGAUUCAUUGCCUUACUGUAAAGACAUUGUAUUUCAUUAUUAGCUUUUUAAGUUUAAAAAUAAAAUGGAAUAAUAAUUGUAUUGCAUGUUAAUAAUUAAUUUCUCAUUUUAAAGAA